GGGUUUGAUGGUGAGGAUCGAGAUGGGCCAUUUGGGAUCUGGGCUCCUUUUUCUAGUUCUAUCAUGCCUAUCUUAUUCUCCAUCCAUCGCGACACAAGUUUCUCAUGAUGGGCGGGCCCUCACGAUCGAUGGUCAGCGCAGGUUGAUCCUCUCCGGUUCGAUCCACUAUCCGCGUAGCACGGCGGAGAUGUGGCCCGAUCUGAUCCAGAAGGCGAAGGACGGUGGGCUCAACGCAAUCGAAACGUACGUUUUCUGGAACAUCCAUGAGCCACGUCGUCGUGAGUAUAAUUUCCAGGGCAAUCGUGACCUGAUUAGGUUCAUCAAGACCGUCCAUCAAGCCGGGUUGUAUUUCAUUCUUCGAAUUGGACCUUAUGCCUGCGCUGAAUGGAAUUAUGGAGGAUUUCCUGUUUGGCUACACCAGAUGGAAGGAAUUCAGUUUAGAACUGAUAAUCAGAUAUUCAAGGAUGAAAUGCAAAGUUUCACCGCUCAUAUAGUGAACAUGAUUAAGGAAGAGAAUCUCUUGGCUCAUCAAGGUGGGCCCAUCAUCCUCACACAGAUCGAGAAUGAAUUCGGAAAUGUAAUGGGCCCAUACGGUGCUGCUGGGAAAAAAUACGUCGAGUGGUGUGCGAAAAUGGCAGAUUCCCUUAAUGUUGGGGUCCCAUGGAUCAUGUGCCAACAAGCUGAUGCACCACAACCAAUGAUCAACACAUGCAAUGGAUUUUACUGUCACAAUUUCAAGCCAAACAAUGCAAAUAGUCCAAAAAUGUGGACUGAGAAUUGGACCGGCUGGUUUAAAAAAUGGGGUGGAAGAGACCCACAUAGGACUGCUGAAGAUGUGUCCAAUGCAGUUGCACUAUUCUUCAAAAACGGUGGCACUUUGCAAAACUACUACAUGUACCAUGGAGGAACCAAUUUCGGCCGUACAGCAGGUGGGCCAUACAUAACAACAUCUUAUGAUUACGAUGCUCCGCUUGAUGAAUAUGGUAAUUUGAGACAACCCAAGUGGGGCCAUUUGAAGGCACUUCAUUUAGUUCUUUUAUCGAUGGAGAAUGCGCUUGUCAAUGGUGAUGUGACGACCACUGAUUAUGGACAUGGUGCAACGGCGACAAUGUAUAAACCCGCCAAUGGAACUGCCGGAUGUUUCUUGGCUAAUCAGAAUGGUACGACUGACGUCCUGAUCACCUUCCAAGGCCUCCAAUAUCUUGUUCCAGCAUGGUCUGUUAGCAUUCUUCCUGAUUGUAAGAAUAAUGUCUACAAUACGGCAAAGAUUCAAGCCCAGACAUCUAUUAUGGUGAAGAAGCCUAAUGCAGCUGAAAAUGAACCGGCCCAGCUGAUCUGGCAAUGGCGGGCUGAGAAGAUCAAGGAUACACUGAAAGGGCAACAUGGCUCCUUCACCUCUACACAACUUCUAGAACAAAAGAUGGCUACUGGUGACACUAGUGACUAUUUGUGGUACAUGACAAGUGUACAUAUGAGCAAGAGCGAUCCUAUCUACAGCAAACACAUGACAUUACGUGUAAAUACAACCGGAUAUGUUCUUCAUGCUUUCGUCAAUGGAAAGCUCGUCGGAUCACAACUUGGUAAAAGUGGAAAUUACAUAUUUGAGGCUCCCGUCACCGUAAAGCCCAAGAAAAAUGAUAUUACCUUACUCAGCGCCACCGUCGGAUUACCGAAUUACGGUGCAUUCUUCGACAAGGAUCCGGCCGGAAUAGUCAGUGGGCCAGUUGAAUUGGUGGGAAAUGGCAAUGUUUCAAAGGAUUUAUCUGCAAGCCAGUGGAGCUAUAAGAUCGGGUUGAAUGGCUAUGCCCAAGAAGUCUACAGUGAGAAUCCUAAACAUGAUCCCAAAUGGACCACAGAAGCUCUUCCUCUUAAUAGGAGGAUGACUUGGUACAAGACAACCUUCAAGCCUCCUCUUGGAGAAGAGCCUGUGGUGGUGGACUUACUAGGGAUGGGAAAGGGAGAAGCAUGGGUGAACGGCCAGAGCAUCGGCCGAUUCUGGCCCACCUUCAAAGCCCCAUCGGACGGCUGCGGGAAUUGCGACUACCGUGGGACUUAUGAUCCGAAUAGAUGCACGACCGGCUGCGGAGAGCCCACCCAGAGAUGGUACCAUGUGCCGCGAUCGUUCCUGAGGUCGGGUGAUAACACGUUGAUUUUGUUUGAGGAAAUGGGAGGGAAUCCAACGCAGGUGAAUUUCCAGACAGUAACGGUUGGGACAGUUUGUGGGAUGAUCACUGAGCGGAAUAAAGUAGAAUUAUCGUGUCAGGGCGGCCGGACCAUCUCUCAGAUCCAGUUCGCCAGUUACGGGGACCCACAGGGCAAGUGCGGAUCCUUCAAGAAAGGCAUUUGCGAGUCCAGCGACGCCUUUUCGGCCAUUGAGAAGGCAUGUGUGGGAAAAACAAGCUGCUCGAUCAGCGCUGAGGAUACUACGUUGGGUUGGACCACAUGCGGCGUCGUCGAAAAUAGGCUGGCCGUGCAGGCUGUUUGUUCAUGAGCCAUUCUCUUUACUGGAAUUUAUAAUAUUUCUCUUUAAUUUGAAAAAAAAAAAAAAAAAAAGUUCAAAGAAAAAAUAAAAAGCCUUCUAUGAUUUGUUGUUAGUCAACACAUUUAAGCUAUGUAAUUAUGAUUCUUAACAAGAAAAACGGGACCUUUUCACCUUAUUAUCAUGGUUGUUGUGUGGAAUUCUAUAAUGUUUGAUGGAGUUAUAUCAUCACACAAAAGUGGGACCCACUAGAUGUCUAUACACUUAAAAUCUAACUGCUGAAUUUAUUUUAUAGUCCUAACAAAUUGGGAAUGUGUUGUUCCCUUUCAUGAUCAUGGUUCUGUACUAUAGUGGAUGGGCCCAAUAGAAAGUUCUAUGGUUAGA